AGAGGACCUUAAGUGGACAGAGAAUUUAGAACAGGAGAAAUAAAACAGACAUCAUUUGGGAGCAAUGAGUUUAAAACCCUUCACCUACCCAUUUCCAGAGACGAGAUUUCUUCAUGCAGGAUCCAAUGUGUAUAAAUUCAAAAUCAGAUACGGGAACAGUAUCAGAGGAGAAGAGAUAGAAGAUAAGGCAGUCAUCAUCCAGGAGCUGGAGGUAGGGAAAGAAGCAUGCAACUUGUGGAAAAGUUGUUCUUUAAGCUAAGGAUACAUCCACAUUCAGGUUUUAAUUAUUUCCUAUAAACUGAGUUACAACCUCCACUUGAUAAUUUGGCUUCUCCCUGCCACAUCUCCUUUGCAAAGUAUCUUUACUGUUUUUCUAGGGAAAUGUAAAGCUUUUUAUUCUUGGUCAGUUUUCCUAGUUGAAGUGUCAGCACCUUUGAGGCUGAGAGCUUUUUGUUUCUACCAGAGUUCCCAGCCUUGGGCAGCUCUCUUUUGUGGCAGCUGGCAUAGAGAAAGCUUCUGGAGGACUGCCUCCUUCCAGGGCUCUGGGAAACCUUACCAUCACAACCACUGCCUGGUACUUGACGUUCAGGAAACUUGACUGUAAAUACACAGACAAAGCUGCUGUGUCUUUGUUUUAAUUGGAAACACUUGCAAUUGUCUUAUUCUGACUUCAUUUUCAUUCCUUUCUACCCAAUUCCUUUAGCUUUAGGUUUAGGAAAGAAAACUGAGCAGGUGGUCAGCUUUACAAAUUGGUGAAAGCAAUGGACAAGGAGUUAGUGUUGUGGGCAUUGGCCCUGGAUUCCAGUCCUGGUGUAGCCACCAAUUAGCUGCCUGGCCCUUGGAAAAUCAUGUAUCAAUUUGGAUCUUAAUUGCCUCAUUUGGAAAAUGAGAGGUUUAAACUAGCUUUUACUUUUCUGACUUCACAAUUCAGAUUCUAUCCGUGUGGUCUUGGGAAACUUGGACAAUCUUCAGCCCUUUGCUACAGAACACUUUGUUGUAUUUCCCUAUAAAAGCAAAUGGGAGAGAGUUUCCCACCUGAAAUUCAAACAUGGGGAAAUUAUCUUGAUCCCCUACCCAUUUGUUUUUACUCUAUACGUGGAGAUGAAAUGGUUCCAUGAAAACCUGUCACCUGGGAAACCACUAAGUGACAGUCCUCUUGGGUUGUUCCCAGCUGAGAAGAAAGCAGUAGGAGCUGUGAUGAAACGAAAACACGUGGAUGAGCCCAGCUCCCCCAGCAGGCCAGGGCCGGACAGGGUCAACAUAGGGCCUUCCAGUCAAGGCCCCAGCGAAAAGAAGCCCCCUGUGGAAACCGGGAGAAACAGGGAAAGAAAAACCCAACAAGGAUUGCAGGAGACUCUGGCCUCUGAUAUGUCUGAUGUCCAGAAACAAAAUUCUGAGUGGGGACACAGCCUGCCAGGGCCAACUGUCCCACCACUGCAGCAAAGCUCAUCUCCACCUAAGGAGCAAGGAGGCAGCGGCUUCAUUGAGUUUCUAAGCUCUCUCUUCCCGAUUCGGUAUUUCUUCAGGAAGAGCAGCCACUCUUGAGCCUUCCAAAUGCAGCGCUGGAAAGAGGAUCAUCUCUUGCAGUGACUCUUCCCGAGCCAUUCUUCCUCCAACUCUAUCCUUUUCUUACGACACUUCAGUCGUAGGGAAUGAGGUCCCCAUACUGAGUCCUCUGUGGAUUUAUCCUGUCCUUUGCCCCUUUACAGAUUUUGUUUCCCAAUUUAAAACAUUUAAGAAAAGAAUGGAACUUUCUAAAAUGUUCAUGUCCUGAGGGCCAGUUUAGGCCUUUUGUCUUCAGCACUUAGAAUCCUAAUGACAAUAAAUUAUUUAUGAAGAGUUA